AUGUUCGUUACUGAGCCUCUGACCGCGUCAUUGGCCGGCGUGUUACGGGAGAAAGAUGAUCAGGAGAGGGCCAGUGGUGUCGGCGGUCGAUCAAGCCGAUUUGUAGUUGAGGAUCCUAAUGGUUCGAGAAGCAGGCGAGACAUCGACAUGGAUGAGCUUGAAAUUCAAAAGGGACUACUUCAAAUUGGCAAAGGCCUGGAGUUCUUGCACGAGUCUGCCGGCUUGGUUCAUGGUAACCUUACGCCCGAUGCCAUCUAUAUCAACUCCAAAUCUGAUUGGAAAAUAUCUGGCCUUGCAUUUGCUGGGCCAACUGAUCCCCAAACGACGUCUCCGUUACCUCCGCUUGCGCUCUCUGAAAUUCUAUAUUAUGACAAUCAGCUUCCCUAUUCGGUCCAGCUGGAUUUGGACUACUCCUCACCGGAUUUCGUCCUUGACUCCAACGUUUCUGCUGCAGCCGAUCUAUUCUCCCUUGGACUAAUUAUAAUUGCUCUGUACAAUUCACCACAUACCUCCCCUAUCCAAUCCCACCAUACUAUCAACACGUACAAGAAACUCUUAUCGUCUUCCUCGACCAUCCCUUCUCAGAGCAACUCAUUCCAGUGCUCUCGACCAAUUCCAAGAAGUCUUCUGACUGAGGUCCUUCCAAGAUUAAUAACGAGAAGGCCGGCACAACGUAUGAAUGCCCGUGAAUUUCAACAGGCGCAAUAUUUUGAUAAUGUUCUUGUGUCUACCAUCCGAUUCCUGGAGUCGUUUCCUGCCAAAACACCAAAUGAGAAAUCCCAGUUUAUGCGGGGUCUCGAGCGUGUUCUACCGGAAUUUCCUAGUUCUGUCCUGGAAAAAAAAGUACUCCCAGCGUUGCUAGAUGAAGCGAAAGAUCGUGAGCUUUUGCCACUUAUCCUGCAAAAUGUUUUCAAAAUUAUCAACAAACUUCCGUCCGGACGCCGUGUUGUGCCAGACAGAGUGAUUCCUCAGUUAAAAUCAUUACUGGCCUCUCCAGGUACUAAAGGUGGCGCAGCGGAUCGAGACACUGGUAAAGAGGCAGGCCUUAUGGUCGUUUUGGAAAAUAUAAAGCUGCUAGCAGAUAACUGCUCCGGAAAAGAUUUCAAAGAGGAUGUUUGGCCUCUAAUCCAUCUAGGUCUGGAAUCCCCUACCCAUACCCUGGUUGAUGCAUCUUUGAGAUGUCUCCCGGCUAUGCUUCCCGUCCUUGAUUUCUCAACUGUUAAGGAUGAAGUGUUUCCUCCUAUCGCCCUGGUUUUUAGUAAAACGAGUAGCCUGACAAUCAAAAUACGUGGCUUGGAGGCUUUCGUGAUCUUGUGUGGCGGCGCUACGGACUCCAUGGCUUCCACAGACGACUUCUCGGGCAAUGUGAGCGAAUCUCGCUCGCCCAGUUCUGGUUCAAGAUCCAUACUUGACAAAUUCACCAUCCAGGAAAAGGUAGUUCCACUCUUGAAAGCCAUCAAGACCAAAGAACCCGCGGUAAUGAUGGCGGCUCUGAAGGUGUUCAGGGAAAUUGGCCAGAUUGUGGAUACAGACUUUUUAGCUCUGGAAGUCCUUCCGAUUAUGUGGAUGUUCAGCUUAGGACCAUUACUUAACGUCCAGCAAUUCAGCGGUUACAUGGGCCUGAUCAAAUCACUCUCAUCUCGUAUCGAAAGAGAGCAGACCAAGAAGCUCCAAGAGCUGUCGUCGAAUAAUGCCGAUAAUUCUCGGGACAACACCUCGAGUCCUUUUGGAAUGCCAGCCAGCCUUGAUACCAACGGGUUGGGAAGCCCAGGCGCGGAUUUUGAGCGCCUUGUUCUAGGAAAGAACCGCAGCGUAAAGGCCGAGGAUUCUCUGGAUAACUGGGGCCUAAGCCCUUCGCCCUCCGCACAGUCUACGACUAAAGCCUUCGCAGCUACCUAUGAGUUCUAUUCCCUUAGCGCCAUCAACAAUGGCCCCUCUACAGCAGACAGCUCAGCAAGCGAAUUCAAUGUUCACGAUACCUCCUCCUCCCGCAUCCAUUUCCAUGGGCCCCAAACCCGCCUCGCUAUCGAUACCUCCUCCCCCCAGGCUUGGGGCAUUGAAUAA